AUGCAUUUUUAUAUUCUCUACGCCGCUUUCUUCACAUCGAUCGCACUUGCCAGUUCCAUCCCUCGAGACAUACCGGACUCCCAGAAUCCAUGGAGUAAGCAAGAGAGAGAUGAUUUUCGCAAAUGCAUGGACGAGAAGCUUCACCAAGACGACGAUACCGUUGAUGCCUUACUCGGACCUAUCGUCGACGGCAAACUCAAUGAGCAGCAACAAGCUCUGCAGACUAUGUUUUUCCAUGACAACGUUCGCAAAGACUGCUAUGGUAUUGUAGACAUUAAACCACCAUGGAACUGA